CAAUCCCCUGCCUCAGGGCACCUAUCCACUCAGGGAAUGAGGCCUCCUGGUUUCCAACCGCAGGGGCAGGAUCUCAGUCCUAGGGCUGAGGGGAACGGUGGUGGAAACCUGACUCUAGGCUUGCUCCCGGGCAGGGCUUCCCUGUGCCCUCCCGCCCCCAGCCAGCAGCCUGUGUCUUCUCAUUUACUGCCCAAGGCACCGCACUCUCCUUAUUUGAGGCCCCCAGGCCACUCCUGCCAGGCAGCCCACUCCUCCCAGGCUCCUCUCCAAACACAGUGCAACCUCAGCUGACGCGGGGCCCCAGGGCCGCUCUGCCUCCACUCCCGCCACACUCAGCCGUCCUCUCCGACACCCCUGGCCCCUCCCUACUUCCCAGCUUUCCUUCCAUAAGGCCGGUCGCUGUCCUGAGGCCCCCUUCUCCCAUCCUUCAAAAUCCAGUCCAUACGCCUGUGCCUCGGCCUCCCUGAAACGCCCCAUAGCUGUGGCUGUUCCCCUAACCCAGGCCACAGCCCUGUGUCUCUCCUGUGGCCUGGAUAACCGAGGCCUGCAGCGCACCCCAAUUCCCACGUUUCCAAGAAAACCAUCUUCUUAUUCGGGCUCUCCUCUCUCCUCCUGCUUCCUGCCUCGCUGAGUUCGUGAACAAAUGAACGAACCUGCCCUACUCGGGAAAGAUUCCGCCUGGCGGGGGCCUGUGAGGGGCCCUUCCUGAGGACAGCGCCACCCGCCGCUUCCGUCCCUCUCCCCACCGCAGCCCGGCACGGAGAAAGCGCUGAGUCACGUUCCGGGCAUGCGGCCCCCGGGGAGCCAAGCCUCAGGGGCGCGCCUGGGCCUGUGGGGGCUCCUGGGCCUGCUGGGGCAGCGCCUGGGCCCGCGAUGGGGGUCGCCUGCACCCGCUCCGGCUGCCCAGCGCAGCCCCCGCAUCAUCCCAGGUUGCCUGGAGCCACAGGCUGGGCAGCAGCGGGUGCCAGCGGCUAACGCCACCGCGGCUUGUCAGCCGAAACCCCCUUCCGGACUGGUUCAGAGGAAUGGGGAAUGGGGGGCGCGAGAUGCCCCCAGCAGGCUGUCCCGACCCCUGAUUUCCUGCCCAACCCCCAGGUCGGGUUCCCGGGGGGCCUCUGGAUGCCCCCUCGUUGUUUGCUUCCCCUCCGUCUCCACGGUCCCUCCCUCUUCAGCGCCCCCUCCUGCCCCCGUUCUGUCCCCACCCAUGCCCCCGGCCCCUAGGACUUUCCCUUCCCCUGCACCCUGGAUCUUCUUAGAGGUUCCAGCUGCCCGAGCGCGGUGGAGGCCAAGGGUGGAGUGGGGCGCCCCCUCGCGGCCCGGCCCGGGCUCGCCUCACCUCCCCGCCUGCCGAAGCCCUCCCGGAGUACUCCGGGUUCAACCCCUGAGCACGGCGGUAGGAGAGCGCCCCCCUGCGGCACAGCCACGUCCACGAAACCCCUCCUGGGGUUCUGGAAAGCGGAGGCCUCCGGCCAGGAAGUCUUCCUGCGGUGGGGUCUGCAGAACCAGUAGAAUCCCUCCUGGGGCCACCACGUUCCUGGCACCAUUCUGAGCCUUUGUAAUGCUAAUCUCCUGUCGUGAGUGCCUCGGGAGGGUUGGGGGGCUGUAAUAUUGUUGUCCGUGCAGAAGGAAAGACCGAGGUGCAGAGAGAUGUCUAGAAGGUGCUAGAAAGUGACUAUCCAGCCCUGGUAUCACUGCCUGGUGAUUUCGUUUCAUUCAUCUUCACGAAUGGCCUCACCGGGUGAGUCCAGGGGCCAGGAGGCUCAAGAUGCUGUCAAUGACUCGGGACUGUUUGGGGGCAGAUAAGAGGAGGUGAGGGGUUCUGCAGGUUCUGGAUAAAUUGAUCAGAACUCAGAACACAUUUCUAAGCAGUGAUCAUUAGCUGCAGAAGCUGAUUUUGUUCCUAACAUACUCCAACUACAGCUGGAAAGGCCAGGGAAGAACCGGAGUGGGCACCGGCUAACAUUUCUUGAGCGCCUACUAGGUACCAGGCCCUUUAUAUGCGCCAUGUCACUUAAUUUACCUCAAAUCCAAGGGGCCUUUGUGGCGUGUUAUUCAGAAGUCACAGGGCUAAUCGGGGCAGGGCUGGGAUCAGACUGGGCCUGUCUGGCCUCUCACCUGGGUUAUUUUUCCUCCACUUGGCGGUUCAUAGCACCAGCUGUGAUUUGGACAGAAAUCAGCUGCCAUGUGCAACAUUCUCCCAUGGGAACGUGUGUCCACAGCACCUAUCUCAGGGCCCAAAUCCCUCCUGCCCCACAGCCCUCUCCUGGGACCUGCCUUGGAUAAGAUGAGAAAUUGGGAUGGGAGGUGUGGGAGCGGGGCAGGGUGUGCAGGUCUCUGGCCAGAGAAGCGUGAAGGGAUACAGAUUCCUCCCAACACAUCUCCUGGCCUAGGUGUUUCUGCUGCCCACAAGUAGGUUGCUGUGAUUCUCAGGUCAGAGAGGCUCUCAGUUGCCUCAAAAGCUGCACCCUCGGCUGGGCAUGGUGGCUCACACUUGUAAUUCCAACACUUUGGGAGGCCAAGUCAGGUAGAUCACCUGAGGUCAGAAG